UUCCUAGUAAACUCCACUUAACUUUAACUUCCUGAUAAGUUUUUGGCUCAUAUGUUGAAGAAAACUUUUAUUUUGUGAACUUUAAAAGAAACAAGGAGUACAUGAACCAUAAAGUUACAAUGCUAUAGGUUUCUGUUGUAAAACGUAUCAGAAAUCAUGGCAUCUCUUUCUGAAGAAGAGGAGAAUUAUGUCCGAUUAGCAUUGCUAUUGAAAGGAGUGACACCUAGAGUAGUCCGUACUUUUUUUGACAGAGAAUUUCCACCUGCGUCUCUACCCUCAACAUUAAGUACAGGCCACAAUACUCUUUUGGACUUAAAAGUAAAGAGAAUCAUAAAUCAGGCUCAGUGGAAUAUUUUGAUUCCAAGAAAUGGAGUUCCGGAUUCCAAAACAUUUGAUGUAACGUUGAUGAUCUGUUUGAUCAGAAACUUAUCAUCUAUGAAUCCUCCAGUCAAGGGAUUUGACAGCCUACCACUGCCAUGGGAGAUAACUCCAGGUGCUGAUCUAGCCAGGAUAAAAUGUUACAGGAAUAAACUAGCUCAUCAUGAUAGUAAUACAAUAGACACUGCUUAUUUUAAUACAGCAUGGAAAGAUAUAUCAGAUGCUGUUAGUCGACUGGGAGGUAAAACAAUGUAUCAAGAGUGUCAAGAAUUAAAGAGAAAAAUCUUAGACCAGUCUAAUCAGGAAAUUAUAUUGGAAAUCAAACAAUCACUGGAAGAGAUGAAACAACUGAAACUAACAAUGGACAAUUUGGCAAUGGAACACUCUAGAAGGACAGAAAAUCUUAGAGAGUUACAAUCUUCCCACAGUACUUUACAGACAUCCCACAGAACUUUACAGACUUCACACAAUACUUUACAGACAUCCCACAGUAUUUUACAGACUUCCAACAGUACUUUACAAACAGAAUAUUCAAACGUUAUGGAAAUUUUAAAAGAUCCAAUACCAUGGAACAUCAAAGAGCUAAUAGAAAAACAAAUAGAAGACUGGGAAGAGAAGGAUAAAAUGUUCGUGUCUACACGAGCCAGUGAUUACGUCCUGGAACGUUUACAUGACAACAGUUGCUUGACUCUAACCGCCCCAUCAGGAGUUGGAAAAUCAUUUAUUGCAAGACAUGCAGCACUUCUUUUAAAGAAAGAAGGAUACAAUAUAAUACCCUUGUACUCACCCACAGACAUUAGAACUUAUUAUCAGCCUGGUAAAUAUACAGUCUUCAUUGUAGAUGAUAUUUGUGGAAAUUUCACGGCAAAUCAACAACAGAUUGAAAACUGGCAACAACUGUUACCUGUGAUUAACACAAUUAUUGCAGACAAAUGUUGUAAGAUUAUUGUAUCUUGUAGAUUACAAGUAUAUAAAGAUGAUAAGUUUAAUAUAUUGUUACCUUUUAAAUUCUGUGAAUGUAACUUAAUAUCAGAUAAGUUACGUCUAACGUAUGUUGAGAAAACAAACAUAGCAAAAACCUAUAUUGGUACAAGCAUGACAAAUAUGGAUGAUUUAUCUUCUAAAUGUUAUUUUUUCCCACUCUUAUGUUCUUUAUAUCACGAAAAAGAAGGUGUAGAUGUCAAAGAAUAUUUCAAAAAUCCUUUUGAUAUCUAUAAAAGUGAGCUAGACAGGUUAAGUGAGCAUGGUGAUGAAGGAAACUACAAAAUAUGUAGUCUUGCUUUAUGUGUUCUCCUAAAUAAUCACCUUGAAGAAAAAUGGUUCUUAGGUAAAGUAACAAAGAGGCAAAAACAGAUCAUAAAAGACACAUAUAAUGCUUGUGGAUUGGACAGAAGAAUAUCCAAGAUAAAACUGCAACAUGCCCUUGACACCCUAGAUGGUACAUUUAUAUGUAAACAGAAUGGUAUUUAUAGAACUGUACAUGAUAAACUAUUUGACUUCCUUGCUCAUUACUUCGGUCAGAAAAUGAUUGAAUGUUUAAUAGAUCAUGGUGAUAGUGGUUUAGUACAUGAACGUUUUAUUUGUCAGAAAUCACCAGAUGAACAGAAAGUUUACAUAGAAUUCAUUAUAGAAAUCCCGGAUGAUUAUUUAGAAUUAUAUAUAGGAAGGCUUAUAAAAGACUGGUCUUCAGGAAAUGUGACAGUUGUGUUUAAAAACAAUAAUAUUAAGGUUUCAUCAUUUGAAAGACAGUUAUUACAGUACUUACUACGACUGGACAAAUCAGAACAAGUAACUUUAGCCAACACCAAGGAUACAGUGAUACCAAAGGCGGAGUAUGGAUCAGGUAAUACUCCACUUAUAAGGGCUUGUUAUGGUGGUUAUACUGAUAUGGUACAGUGGUUGUUACAUAAUGAUGUGGAUGUUGAUCAGUGUACAGAUAAUGGGGUUACUGGACUUCACAUGGCAAGUCAGGGAGGAUAUACUGAUAUAGUAAAGCUACUGUUAGAAAAGGAUCCUAAUAUUGAUCUAUGUAACCAGGAUGGCAUGAGUGCUCUCUACCAGGCAAGUCGGAGAGGACAUACUGAUAUAGUCAAGUUACUGUUAGAGAAAGAUCCUAAUGUUGAUCUGUGUAACAAUGAUGGUUGUAGUCCUCUGAAUGCAGCAAGUCACCAUGGACAUACUGAUACUGUAAAGUUACUGUUAGAGAAGGAUCCCAAUGUUGAUCUAUGUAAAAAUGAUUGCUGUAGUCCAUUGUACAUGGCAAGUUAUGAAGGACAUACUGAUAUAGUAAAGUUACUGUUAGUUAAGGAUCCUAAUGUAGAUCUAUGUAAGAAGGAUGGAGUAAGUCCUCUGUUGAUGGCAAGCCACCAAAGACAUACUGAUAUAGUAAAGUUACUGUUAGAGAUGGAUCCUAAUGUUGAUCUAUGUAACAAGGAUGGAUGAAGUCCUCUGUAUAUAGC